AUGAGACGGCAAGUACUAUUGUUUGUGUCCGUGGUCUCUCUCUGUUCCGUGCUCGGGCAGGUCACCUAUUCUGUCCCGGAGGAAAUGUCGAAAGGCUCUUUGGUCGGAAACAUCGCACAAGAUUUAGGUUUAGAUUUAAAACGGCUGAAAACAGGGAAAGCUCGCUUGCACAUUGGAAACAGCGCUGAAUACAUCGAGCUGAAUAAAGAAAAGGGACUCCUUCUCAUUAAGGAGAAAAUAGACAGAGAGGCGUUAUGCAAACAAACGACUCCUUGUGCUUUACAUUUUCAAAUCAUUUUGGAAAAUCCCAUCGAGUUCUAUCGCGUUACGGUAGAAAUAACAGAUUUAAACGACAACGCCCCUACAUUCAAAAUGAAUAGUAUGUUAUUUGAGAUAAGCGAAUCGGCUGUCAAGGGGGCCAAAUUUGUAUUAGAGAAAGCAUUAGAUUCUGAUGUUGGAAUAAACGGACUCAGGAGCUACUCACUUAACCCAACAGAUAAUUUCAUUUUAAAACUCACCGACAACGCAGGUGGAGAAAAGGAGGUAGAGAUGGUCUUGGAGAAACCUCUCGAUCGUGAGAAACAAGAGCAUCUGACUCUAACACUAACUGCUGUCGACGGAGGUGAACCACAGCAGUCAGGGACAGUGCAAAUUCACGUAACUGUAUUAGAUGUGAAUGACAAUGCUCCAGUAUUUACGCAGUCAACAUAUAAAGCUAGUUUAAUGGAAAAUGCCCAGAAGGGAACUUCAUUAAUGACUGUAAGGGCCACAGAUAUAGAUCAAGGUACAAAUGGUUUAUUAACGUAUUCUAUUACUAGUAACACUGAGGGAAUUUUGGAUUUAUUUGAAAUACACGAGACAAGUGGAGAGGUACGUUUGAUUGGAAAUAUAGAUUAUGAAACAUCAAAACAUUAUCAGCUACAUGUUAAAGCACGAGAUCAAGGUGGGCUCACGGACUCCUGCAAAAUACUAUUUGACAUUAUUGAUGUGAAUGACAAUGCUCCAAUAAUUGAUUUGAUGUCGACUAGACAGUCUCUACCGGAAGAUUCACCAUUACAGACAGUUCUUGCUGUGAUGAAUGUGCAUGAUGCUGACUCGGAAAAUAACGGAGUGAUUAAAUGUUUUCUGAGGGACAGUGUACCUUUUAUCAUUGAAAAUACAUCGAAUGGUUUCUAUAGCAUACUAACAAACGAUGAUUUGGACAGAGAGAGAGCUUCUGAGUAUAAUAUAACAUUGGCCUGCUCUGAUGAGGGAGUACCCUCCCUCUCCAGCAGCGUCACUCUCACCUUACAGAUCUCUGAUGUGAAUGACAACGCGCCUGUCUUUGAGAGGAGCUCAUAUGAGGCCUACAUUGUAGAAAACAACACACCAGGCCUCUCUAUAUUCACAGUGAAAGCCAGAGACGCUGACUGGAACCAGAAUGCCCGUGUUUCUUACAUACUGGAGGACUCCUCUGUUAACGGAGUGCCAGUCUCCUCAUAUGUGUCCGUUAGUGCUGAUAGUGGAGUCAUCCAUGCAGUGCGCUCUUUUGACUACGAGCAGAUCAAAGAUUUCCACUUCCGCGUCAAAGCGCAGGAUGGAGGCUCUCCUCCACUCAGUAGCAAUGUGACUGUGAAAAUACUGAUCCAGGACCAGAACGACAACCCUCCUCAGGUUCUGUAUCCAGUCCAGACUGGUGGCUCUCUGGUGGCUGAAAUGGUGCCUCGUUCAGCAGAUGUGGGCUAUCUGGUGACUAAAGUGGUGGCUGUUGAUGUGGACUCUGGACAGAAUGCCUGGCUCUCCUAUAAACUGCAGAAAGCCACAGACAGGGCGCUGUUUGAAGUGGGCUUACAGAAUGGAGAAAUAAGAACUAUCCGCCAAGUCACUGAUAAAGAUGCAGUGAAACAAAGACUGACUGUUAUAGUGGAGGACAACGGGCAACCCUCUCGUUCAGCUACAGUCAUUGUUAACGUGGCGGUGGCGGACAGCUUCCCUGAAGUGCUGUCGGAGUUCACUGACUUUACACACGACAAGGAAUACAAUGACAACCUGACUUUUUACUUAGUAAUGGCUCUGGCUGUAGUUUCCUUCCUCUUCAUCACGUGUUUAGUUGUUAUUAUAUCAGUGAAAAUCUACAGAUGGAGACAGUCUCGCAUCCUGUAUCACUCCAAUCUCCCUGUGAUUCCAUAUUAUCCACCACGUUACUCAGACACUUUGGGGACAGGGACUCUCCAGCACGUGUACAAUUACGAGGUGUGCAGGACGACUGACUCCAGAAAGAGUGACUGUAAGUUCGGCAGAGCUGAUAGUCAGAACGUGCUGAUAAUGGACCCCAGUUCUACAGGGACGAUGCAGCGGAUACAGAAUGAAAAGAGCAUCCUGGAUGAACCAGACUCUCCUCUAGAGGUUAGAACCGAAACGACAUCUGACAGAACAAUGAGACGGCAAGUACUGUUGUUUCUCUCGGUCCUGUGUCUGAGCUACGUGCUUGGGCAGGUCAGCUACUCCAUUCCCGAAGAAAUGGCCAAAGGCUCUAUAGUUGGUAACAUAGCGAAUGAUUUAGGUUUAGAUCUUAAAAGACUGAAAUCAGGUAAAGCUCGUGUCUAUACUGGAGGCGGUGUGGAGUAUAUCGGGCUGAAUAAAGAAAAGGGAUUCCUCCUUAUCCAAGAGAGGAUAGACAGAGAGGCUUUAUGUGGAGAGACGACGCCUUGUGCUUUACAUUUCCAGCUAAUUCUCGAAAAUCCAAUGGAAUUGUUUCGUGUUACAGUUGAGAUUACCGAUAUAAACGAUAACACGCCCAGUUUCACAAAUGCAGAAAAACGCUUCGAAAUCAGUGAGUCCGCUGUUAUAGGAUCGAAAUUCGUAUUAGAGAAAGCUAUUGAUUCAGAUAUUGGGAUGAAUGGCUUACAACAAUACUCACUUACCCCAACUGGAAACUUUGCAUUAAAACUAGAAAAUCAGGCAGACGGAAGUAAAAAGGUAGAGAUGGUGCUACAGAAGCCACUAGAUCGAGAGAAGCAGGAUUACAUGUCACUGUUACUAACUGCUAUAGAUGGAGGAGAGCCACGGAUGUCAGGGACAAUGCAGAUAUUUGUCAACGUACUGGAUGUGAACGACAACGCACCUACAUUCGCUAAACCGCUAUACAGAGCAAAAAUACAAGAACAUUCUCCUAAAAGCACCAGCGUAACGACUGUAAGUGCAUCUGAUAAAGAUAUUGGCUCAAACGGAGAAGUAUCAUAUAUGAUAUCUUCCAGCAAACGUCUUUUAUAUGAACUGUUUAAGAUCGACUCAAAAACCGGUGAAAUUGUCCUAAUCGGUGAAAUAGAUUAUGAAAAGGCGAACAUUUAUCAAAUCGACGUUGAAGCUGUAGACAGCGGGGGACUUUCUGAUUCUACUAAGGUCAUAGUUGAUGUUCUUGAUAUAAAUGACAACAAUCCUCAGAUAAACAUUGUUUCUAAAUCAGAAUCCGUGCUCGAGGACUCGCCUCCAAACACUGUUCUUGCUAUGUUAAGUAUAAACGAUCCAGAUUCAGAGAGUAAUGGGAAAGUAGAGUGUGAUAUAGACGAUAACAUCCCCUUUAAAAUCCAAACCUCGUUAAAUGGGUUUUAUACUUUAGUUACAGAGGUUGCUUUAGACAGAGAGAGAGCCUCUGAGUAUAAUAUAACAGUGACCUGCUCUGAUGAGGGAGUACCCUCCCUCUCUAGCAGCGUCACUCUCACCUUACAGAUCUCUGAUGUGAAUGACAACGCGCCUGUCUUUGAGAGGAGCUCAUAUGAGGCAUACAUUGUAGAAAACAACACACCGGGCCUCUCUAUAUUCACAGUGAAAGCCAGAGACGCUGACUGGAAGCAGAAUGCUCGUGUGUCUUACAUACUGGAGGACUCCUCUGUUAACGGAGUGCCAGUCUCCUCAUAUGUGUCCGUGAGUGCUGAUAGUGGAGUCAUACAUGCAGUGCGCUCUUUUGACUACGAGCAGAUCAAAGAUUUCCACUUCCGCGUCAAAGCGCAGGAUGGAGGCUCUCCCCCACUCAGUAGCAAUGUGACUGUAAAAAUACUGAUCCAGGACCAGAACGACAACCCUCCUCAGGUUCUGUACCCAGUCCAGACUGGUGGCUCUCUGGUGGCUGAAAUGGUGCCUCGUUCAGCAGAUGUGGGCUAUCUGGUGACCAAAGUGGUGGCUGUUGAUGUGGACUCUGGACAGAAUGCCUGGCUCUCCUAUAAACUGCAGAAAGCCACUGACAGGGCGCUGUUUGAAGUGGGCUUACAGAAUGGAGAAAUAAGAACUAUCCGCCAAGUCACUGAUAAAGAUGCAGUGAAACAAAGACUGACUGUUAUAGUGGAGGACAACGGGCAGACCUCUCGUUCAGCUACAGUCAUUGUUAACGUGGCGGUGGCAGACAGCUUCCCUGAAGUGCUGUCGGAGUUCACUGACUUUGCACACGACAAGGAGUACAAUGACAACCUGACUUUUUACUUAGUGUUGGCUCUGGCUGUAGUUUCCUUCCUCUUCAUCACGUGUUUAGUGGUUAUUAUAUCAGUGAAAAUCUACAGAUGGAGACAGUCUCGCAUCCUGUAUCACUCCAAUCUCCCUGUGAUUCCAUAUUAUCCACCACGUUACUCAGACACUUUGGGCACCGGGACUCUCCAACACGUGUACAAUUACGAGGUGUGCAGGACAACUGACUCCAGAAAGAGUGACUGUAAGUUCGGCAGAGCUGGUAGUCAGAAUGUGCUGAUAAUGGACCCCAGUUCUACAGGAACGAUGCAGCGGAUGCAGAAUGAAAAGAGCAUCCUGGAUGAACCAGACUCUCCUCUAGAGUUCGUCCUAUUAAAUUUCGCGAGGAAAAUGUCGGACAGAACAAUGGGACGGCAAGUACUGUUGUUUUUCUCGGUCCUUUAUUUCGGUUCAGUGCUCGGCCAAGUCAGCUACUCCAUCCCCGAGGAAAUACCAAGUGGCUCUUUAGUCGGUAAUAUUGCCCAGGAUUUGGGUUUAGAUAUAAAACGACUGAAGUCAGGUAAAGCCCGGCUGUAUACAGGAGACAGUGCGGGAUACAUCGAGCUGAAUAAAGACCGAGGACUCCUCCUUAUCAAAGACAGAAUAGACAGAGAAGCGGUCUGCAGACAAACUACGCCUUGUGCUUUACAUUUUCAAAUUAUUUUAGAGAACCCCAUGGAGUUUUACAGUAUCACAGUCGAGAUUACAGAUAUAAAUGACAAUCCUCCCACCUUUGAAAAAAGUGAAGUCAGUUUUAAAAUCAGCGAAUCUGCUGUAAUUGGAGCAAAAUUUGUAUUAGAUAGAGCAAUCGAUCUCGAUGUCGGGAAAAAUGGUCUUCAAAAGUACGAUCUUAAACCUACUGAUAAUUUUGUACUUAAACGGGACAGUCACGGUGAUGGAACAGAAAAGGUUGAAAUGAUUUUACAGAAGCCUCUCGACAGAGAAAAGGAAGAGUUGAUAUCUUUAGUUUUAACAGCUUUUGACGGAGGAGACCCGCAAAUGUCGGGAACAAUUCGGAUUUUCAUCACGGUGUUAGAUGCCAAUGACAACGCACCUGUUUUUUCACAGUCCACCUACACAGCCACUGUUUUUGAAAAUGCCCCAGAAGGCACCAUUGUCACCAGCGUCACUGCAUCAGAUGUAGAUUAUGGGACGAAUGGUAGGAUAAAAUAUUCAAUCACAAACAGUUUAGAUCAAGCCCAUGCAUUGUUUGGGAUAGACGAAGACAGCGGUGAAAUUAGAUUGCUUGGAAAUAUUGAUUAUGAAAAUGCACGGAAUUACCACAUUAACAUACGUGCAAGUGAUGAUGGUGGACUUACUGAUUCAUGUAAGGUCAUAGUUGAAGUGGUGGAUAUGAACGACAACAAACCAAUGAUUAAUAUAAUGUCACAAUCAAACAUGAUAUCUGAACACUCAAAACUGAAAACAGUUAUAGCAAUGAUGAACGUUCAAGACCCAGAUUCAAAUGAGAACGGUAAAGUUCAAUGUGUUAUCAAUGAUAACAUCCCUUUGACUAUAAUGUCGACAUCAAAUAAUUUCUAUAGCUUAGUGACAGACAGUGAAUUAGACAGAGAGAGAGCCUCUGAGUAUAAUAUAACAGUGACCUGCUCUGAUGAGGGAGUGCCCUCCCUCUCCAGCAGCGUCACUCUCACCUUACAGAUCUCUGAUGUGAAUGACAACGCGCCUGUCUUUGAGAGAAGCUCAUAUGAGGCCUACAUUGUAGAAAACAACACACCAGGCCUCUCUAUAUUCACCGUGAAAGCCAAAGAUGCUGACUGGAACCAGAAUGCCCGUGUUUCCUACAUACUGGAGGACUCCUCUGUUAACGGAGUGCCAGUCUCCUCAUAUGUGUCCGUUAGUGCUGAUAGUGGAGUCAUCCAUGCAGUGCGCUCUUUUGACUACGAGCAGAUCAAAGAUUUCCACUUCCGCGUCAAAGCGCAGGAUGGAGGCUCUCCUCCACUCAGUAGCAAUGUGACUGUGAAAAUACUGAUCCAGGACCAGAACGACAACCCUCCUCAGGUUCUGUAUCCAGUCCAGACUGGGGGCUCUCUGGUGGCUGAAAUGGUGCCUCGUUCAGCAGAUGUGGGCUAUCUGGUGACUAAAGUGGUGGCUGUUGAUGUGGACUCUGGACAGAAUGCCUGGCUCUCCUAUAAACUGCAGAAAGCCACUGACAGGGCGCUGUUUGAAGUGGGCUUACAGAAUGGAGAAAUAAGAACUAUCCGCCAAGUCACUGAUAAAGAUGCAGUGAAACAAAGACUGACUGUUAUAGUGGAGGACAACGGGCAGCCCUCUCGUUCAGCUACAGUCAUUGUUAACGUGGCUGUGGCGGACAGCUUCCCUGAAGUGCUGUCGGAAUUCACUGACUUUACACACGACAAGGAGUACAAUGACAACCUGACUUUUUACUUAGUCUUGGCUCUGGUUGUAGUUUCCUUCCUCUUCAUCACGUGUUUAGUGGUUAUUAUAUCAGUGAAAAUCUACAGAUGGAGACAGUCUCGCAUCCUGUAUCACUCCAAUCUCCCUGUGAUUCCAUAUUAUCCACCACGUUACUCAGACACUUUGGGGACAGGGACUCUGCAGCACGUGUACAAUUACGAGGUGUGCAGGACGACUGACUCCAGAAAGAGUGACUGUAAGUUCGGCAGAGCUGGUAAUCAUAACGUGCUGAUAAUGGACCCCAGUUCUACAGGAACGAUGCAGCAGAUACAGAAUGAAAAGAGCAUCCUGGAUGAACCAGACUCUCCUAUAGAGGAAUACCCCGACAAAAUGAUGAGACGGCAAGUACUGUUGUUCAUCUUCGCUCUCUCUGUUAGUUCGGUGUUCGGGCAGGUCAGUUACUCCAUUCCUGAGGAAAUGGAGAAAGGUUCAUUAGUGUGCAAUGUCGCUCAAGAUUUAGGUGUAGAUUUUAAAAGGCUCAAAUCUGGUAGAGCUCGUAUUCAUUCGGGAGACAGUGCAGAAUACAUCGAGCUGAAUAGAGAAAGGGGUGUCCUCCUUAUCAAAGAGAGAAUAGACCGAGAGACGCUGUGUGGAGAAACGACGCCCUGUGCUUUACAUUUACAGAUGAUUCUGGAAAAUCCAAUGGAACUGUUUCGCAUAACAAUAGAAAUCACAGACAUAAACGACAACGCUCCCAGCUUUGCAUCAAGCGAGAAACGAUUUGAGAUCAGCGAGUCAGCUGUUAUUGGGUCUAAAUUUGUACUGGAGAAAGCCAUCGAUGCAGACAUUGGUGCAAAUGGUCUCCAAAGCUAUUCGCUUAAUCCAACAAGCAACUUUGCAUUGAAACUAGAGAAUCAAGCAGACGGAAGUAAAAAGGUAGAAAUGGUUUUACAGAAACCACUAGAUCGAGAGCACCAGGAACAAAUAUCACUACUAUUAACUGCUCUAGAUGGCGGACAGCCGCGUAUGUCGGGGACAAUGCAGAUAACUGUUAACUUGUUAGAUGCAAACGACAACGCACCGGUUUUCACUAAGUCAGUAUACAAGGCAACAUUAACCGAGAAUUCCCCAAGGGGAACCAGGGUUAUUACGGUUAGUGCAUCUGACAAAGAUGGAGGCUCUAAUGCAGAAAUAUCAUACGCAAUUUCAAAUAGCAAGCGUCGUUUAUCCGAUCUGUUUCAGAUCGAUAGAAAAACUGGAGAGGUUAUCUUAAUCGGUGAAAUAGAUUAUGAAAAAGCUAAGCUCUUCCAAAUAGAUAUCGAGGCUAUCGAUAAUGGUGGACUGUCUGAUUCCAGUAAGAUCCUAAUUGAUAUCAUUGAUGUCAAUGACAACAGCCCUCAUAUAAGGAUACUCUCUAAAUCAGAUAGCAUUUUAGAGGACUCUCCUGACAAUACUGUGAUUGCUAUGCUAAGUGUAAAUGACCCUGACUCUGAAAGGAAUGGCGAGGUGAAGUGUAAUAUUAAUGAUGACAUUCCUUUUAAAAUACAAAACACAAUGAAUGGAUUCUAUAGUUUAGUUACAGAAGUAGCUUUGGAUAGAGAGGCCGCGUCCCAGUAUAAUAUAACAGUGACCUGCUCUGAUGAGGGAGUCCCCUCCCUCUCCAGCAGCGUCACUCUCACCUUAAGGAUCUCUGAUGUGAAUGACAACGCGCCUGUCUUUGAGAGGAGCUCAUAUGAGGCCUACAUAGUAGAAAACAACACACCAGGCCUCUCUAUAUUCACUUUGAAAGCCAAAGAUGCUGACUGGAACCAGAAUGCCCGUGUUUCCUACAUACUGGAGGACUCCUCUGUUAACGGAGUGCCAGUCUCCUCAUAUGUGUCCGUUAGUGCUGAUACCGGAGUCAUCCAUGCAGUGCGCUCUUUUGACUACGAGCAAAUCAAAGAUUUCCACUUCCGCGUCAAAGCGCAGGAUGGAGGCUCUCCUCCUCUCAGUAGCAAUGUGACUGUGAAAAUACUGAUCCAGGACCAGAACGACAACCCCCCUCAGGUCCUGUACCCAGUCCAGACUGGUGGCUCUCUGGUGGCUGAAAUGGUGCCUCGUUCAGCAGAUGUGGGCUAUCUGGUGACUAAAGUGGUGGCUGUUGAUGUGGACUCUGGACAGAAUGCCUGGCUCUCCUAUAAACUGCAGAAAGCCACAGACAGGGCGCUGUUUGAAGUGGGCUUACAGAAUGGAGAAAUAAGAACUAUCCGCCAAGUCACUGAUAAAGAUGCAGUGAAACAAAGACUGACUGUUAUAGUGGAGGACAACGGGCACCCCUCUCGUUCAGCUACAGUCAUUGUUAACGUGGCGGUGGCAGACAGCUUCCCUGAAGUGCUGUCGGAGUUCACUGACUUUACACACGACAAGGAGUACAAUGACAACCUGACUUUUUACUUAGUGUUGGCUCUGGCUGUAGUUUCCUUCCUCUUCAUCACGUGUUUAGUGGUUAUUAUAUCAGUGAAAAUCUACAGAUGGAGACAGUCUCGCAUCCUGUAUCACUCCAAUCUCCCUGUGAUUCCAUAUUAUCCACCACGUUACUCAGACACUUUGGGGACAGGGACUCUCCAACACGUGUACAAUUACGAGGUGUGCAGGACGACUGACUCCAGAAAGAGUGACUGUAAGUUCGGCAGAGCUGGUAGUCAGAACGUGCUGAUAAUGGACCCCAGUUCUACAGGGACGAUGCAGCGGAUACAGAAUGAAAAGAGCAUCCUGGAUGAACCAGACUCUCCUCUAGAGGUUAGAAUGCUGUAA